AUGUACAAGGCUGAUAACAACAUCACUCCAAAAGGUAUGGAAUCGGAUCCUCCUGGUGGGAGGGGAGCGAGAAGCAACUGUAACGCUUUAAGUUUCGAGCUCGAAGGAGUCUGGGAUCUCGCACUUCACGCGGAACAAUGCCCCCAAGCUGGCGUCUUUGACGUGCUCGUACAGGCUGGUGGACUUGGCGUCCUCGGAGUGCCUGAACAGGCUGAUGAUGGUCCGGCUGAGGGACUGGGCGUCUCCGAAGUUCUCGAGCAGGUUGAGGGGCACGUACAGGCUGAAGGACUUGUCGCCUUCGAAGUACCCGAACAGGGCCAGGGAGAGGCGGCUGGGGGACUUGGCGAUCCGAGCAGGGUGAUUUCCAACAAUUUGGUGGUUUGUUCCAGUGAAUACAAGGUCUCCAACGACAUCGCCAUUGAUAGUGAGGCUCAUAGUAGCAAUGAUAUAAAGGCGUGGUCUGAAUUAACAGGCAGCGGUGAAAAAUUUAUAACAAAUGAGACCAAAAAAGAGACACAGUACGGUCAGCCGAUGCACAGAGAGGAGACACUAAGAUUAAAGGUCAAAUGGAUACGAUCUUACACUGCAGCUACGCUGGGAUUUGAGGAUAUGAACAAGGAGAUAUACGGCCUGGAUCAACAGGGAAUAAUGAGAAAUCUAUAA